ACCUCACAUAACAUAAAUAGUGCAUCUAUAACAUACACCACAUGCUAUACCAUCAUGUCAAUUAUUGUUUCACUUCCAAUGGACACUGCAAAGGUUCAACAUGUAACCAAAAAAUCUUCGGAUGAGCUUCUCAAGAAGUUUGCCGAAGUGGGUUGCGACGACGGCGGAAAAAGGAGAAGGAAGAAGAGGAAGGAACACGAAUUGGUUGACUGUGACAGUCCUUCAAGAGGUGGCGCCGCCGUGGUGGAAAGGAGGUCCCUUCUGCCGCCCAAGUUGACACGGAGGUCGGUGGUGCUCCGGCAGCUCAGGGUCAGAAACAAGUCAUCACUCUUUGGAAACAUUCAUAAGACAUGGCGUAGAACCAUUGAAGGUGCCUCCAGAGUUUUCUUGGAAAAGCAUUAUCAUCGUCAUAAGCGUUUGAUCAAUGACAGUGUUUAGGCUCUGUCCAAUAAUCUGCAACUUCUCUUUGAGGCUGCAUGUGUGUAUAUUUUUCCAUUGCAAUUUUUUCUCCCUGUUUAUCAUUCUUUGACUUCAAGUAAUAAAAUUCAUGUCCACAUUCUCCAUUUUCUUA